AGGUUGGACACGCGUAGCCGCUGCAGACCGUGAAAAGAACGUCUUGGGAUAGUCCACCGGCAGGUACAGGUGGCCUUCUCGAAUCGUGUUGAAGGCUAGGACGCGACGCCCCAGGCCUGCGUCUUUAAGGCUUUCAGACUUGCUUCUGCAGCCGGCUAGACUCGCUGCCCGUAGGCCCAGACCCUUCCCCACAGCUGAGCCAACCGAGACGCGGAACCUCCGUGAAUCUGCAGAUAGAGAGCGAUCGGCAGUGGGCAGGCGGGGCCUCUGAGCCACCAGCAUCUGGAGCCCAGCACCUGAGGCACGAUUUCCUUUAUGAAGCAGACUUAAGCAGUCAGCUUGCUCAGGCUGGUUCUCCAUUGCCUGUCUCUUUGGAUUCAUCACCACUAUGCGUCAUGCCACAGGUUCAGAUCUUGCCGGGAAAAUGUCAGAUGAGUUUUUGUUGGCGUAUGUGCUACCUGAACAGUCCGCUGCCAGAACCUCUGCUGUGAGCAAUGCAAAAGCUGGCCAAGCUCCUCAAGGCUGGCCGGGCUCCGGCCCUCGGAGUAUCCUAAGUGCUCCACCUGCUGUGCUGUCUGGACUCCCACCAAGUAUAGCACCCUCCGCUGUAUCUUUUGGACCAGCACCAACAGGAAUGUAUCCGUCCAUCCCUCCAACUGGACCACCACCAGAAUCUCCAGCAUCCCUUCUUCUUUCUGGACCUUCAUGUCUCCAACCUAGUGGCCCUUAUUCAGCCCCUGCUGUACGAGGCCCUGGUCCCACAGGGCCUUAUGCUACACCAAAUAUACCCUUUCCAGAGCUACCGAAACCGUAUGGUGCACCCGCAGAUCCAGCUGCAGCUGGUACUUUAGGUACACGGGGAUCCAUGUCUUCUGGACUUUGGGCACCAGGAAUAGGAGGACAGCAUCCUAAUAUGCCAUAUUCAUCUCCAGGACCACAUCCCACUGCUCUUCCUCCAGUGUCAGGAGCACCGCCUGUUCCAUGGGGCACUGUGCCACCGGGAGCCUGGGGACCACCAGCAUCAUAUCCUGCCCCUGCAGGAUCAUAUCCUGUGCCAGGACCCCAUUCUGCUCCGAAUAAUCCUUACCAAGUGAUGGAGCCUUCAGGACCUUCUGGUGCUCCAUCAGUGCCUGGUGGCCCACAGAAAACGAACGAAGUCCCAGGUGGCUCCCGUCCUGAUGCAUCCAACCAGGAGAGCACCCCGGAGAGCACCCCGGAGACCACCGGACAAAUGAAGCAGCUGAAGGUAGAUGACAAACCCAUCAAGAGGAGACGUUCUAAGAGGAAGAGGAAGCCAGUAACUUGGGGAGACAUCAAGACUUUAACUCAUGAAGCUGAGACCUUGGGGAAACAACAAGGACACAAUACUACUGACCCCAAAAUGAUGCUAUUAUGUUUAAUGACUAUAUUACAUGUUAAUUCUCAGCGUGUCAGUUCAGAAUCUGAAUGACUUUUGUCAGUGGGGAUAAAAGGCACACUUGUAAUAAACAGUAUGAUGUUGUUUUGACAAAAACAAAAAACAAAAACACACCACUACUUUUUUGUUCUGGGCCUUGUCCAACUUUGCAGGCUUGGUUGUUUUUAGUGGGGUCCCUUCGAGGGCCAGCUAGGUCCUCAGGUCUCACCAGUAUACCAAUCAGCAUCAAGUUCUGGCCUCUCUAGUGCAGAAGUCACAGAAGCAGUGGGAGCUAAAGGCUUCCCAGGAGCCCUAGCUCUCCUUUAGGAUCUGCCCACAUCCUUCUAGAUCAGUGGUCAGGGCCGCAACACUGCAGGGUUGGUGGUGAAGACCAGGCCUACACCACUGAGGACUGUGGCGUACCAGGAAUGAAGCUUGCCCUGAAGCUUGGCACCUGCCUCUUGUGGGGUGCGUGGGGGAGUCAGCCCCUCUGAGACCCCUCACCCUAGUCUACCUUCACCAAGUUUCCUUGGUUGGGGUGGCAGGGUUACCUCAGUGAGGCUCCCCUUUUCAGAUGCCACAUGCACCUUCUGGGUUACAGGUGCUACUGCAGGUGUUCAUACACAUGACCUUGUUAGAAGGAAAGUACAGAACAUGGUAGGAAACAUCUAGACAGACAGUGAAAGAGGCUUACCACAGGGUGGUGCUCUUGUAUCUCAUUUUAAGGGGAUUUUUUUUUCCCCAAGGUAACAAUUUUUUUUUUUUUUUGUUAACUAAUUUGUUUGUAAAAUGAACAAGAAGAGGCCUGAAGUGAGAUAAGCACUGUUGGGAUUCCUUGAGACUUUUGGGCUUGUCUUCCUCUUCCUCUUCACCAGCGCCAUCUUCUCUCUUUAACAUCCGUUGUUUCAGGUGUAAGUCACUGGGCUGUCCCCUGUAAGAAAGAAGGAAGCAAGAUGCUCACUGCUCAUUGGAUUGGUUGGGUGCUGAGAUUUUCUGCUCAGCUGCAGAAAGGGCACAUAGUUCUGCACUGGGAAUUGAACUGGGAACCCCUGAACAGUGAACUACGUUGCCAGUCCCCACUGCUGUGACCUCUAAGGAAACGCUAAACUAUUCUGUCUGGGUUCCAUUUCUUAACAGGAAUCAGGUUUCCUCUAGAGUUCCUAGAUAGAUAGAAAUGUGCCACUAGUGAGUUUUCUAAAAGGCUUUGUAACAGAAGGCUUAGAAGUUUUCUUUCACCUUGGCGCUAGAGAACCUGUUGGUUAAGAGGAAAGAAGCUAUGGGAAGAGGGGGCCUUGGCAGCUCACAAGGCCCUGUAACUCCAGCUCCAGAAGAUCCAAUGCAUCUGGCUUCCAUGGACAUCUGGACUCAGGUACAUAUUCACAUGCAGAGACUUGCACUUAUACACAUGAGUAUAAAUAAUAGACAUGUAAAAAGAAGCUAUUGGCAAUGCUGUAGCUCAGUUACUAGAGUGCUUGCUUAGUAUAAUCAUAUCACAUAAACCGGGCAUGAUGUUGCACAUCUGUUAUCCCAGCACUCAGAGGUAGAAACAGGAGGAUCAGGAGUUCAAAGCUAUCCUCGAUGCAUAGUGAGUUUGAGGCCCUUGAGUUACACCAGACUCUGUCAAACAAAGCAGAUUUACCACAUUGCAGGUGUAAUUGAUAGAAUUAUAGGUGUAACCAUAGUUCUCAGGGCCUUCCAUGGUGCAAAGUUGCAGGUGCAGGACUGGAUCCUUCAUUAGGACCAAAAGUGGGCUUGAAGAGUCCUGAGGGCUUGGGACAUCUUACAGCCUGAGGUAGCACCAGAUGACCAAUUCCAGGGUGAGGCCACAGUGGGUAAGUACUAUCUAGACUGUAGCACCUAAGAGACACAGAAGGAAAAAGAAGGAAGAUCCAGAGCAAGGGACAGCUUCCUUUUGGGCGGAGUGGUGGGGACCCCCUGCUCUCAUCUGCAGGAUUGGAUUGUGCACUGGGUCUCCCUCCCCUAGCACUGAGCCUAGCCCAGGCACCUGGUCCUUAGCCCAUGCUCCUGGCCUCUAGGAAGCUCUGCUCCUGAAAACAGGCUUCUUGCCUCUGUGGCCUCGGGCUGAAUGUUUCCAAACCUGGAACAACCUCCUAUUUCAAAGGGGGCAUUAGGGGAGUGCCUGCAGGAGAUGACCUGGCUGCAGCAGAAUAUGUUGGCUGUUGGUUCAGAAUGGGUCCCAGUCCUUUAGAUCUCUGCUCAGUGCUGCUAGGGACCUGGGCUGGAUGGUACUUAUAUCAGCUAGGAGCAAAGUGAUUGCUCAGUCCUACACUUGUCUGAUACAGCCUGCCUGCCAUGUGUGGCACCAUCAUUUGCUCAGGAAAUUAUUUUGAGACAGCCUUGUAUGUGGGAACUUUGGGGGACUUGAACACAUCAGGGACCAUGGAGACCCUAGCCUCCCCAUGACUGGCCAGUGGUCCUGGCUGCUUUGAAAAGCCACAGAUAUUUUGUCCCUCAGGGCAGCAAGGCCAACUUGGGUGAGUUUCACACAUUCUUGAGUAAGAAUGAAUGUCCUCUUAAGGCCAGAACUGAAAAGCUCCAGGCCACCUUUUUUUUUUAUGGCCCUUUAGCACCUGGUCAUUGAGUCCUAACCCAUAUGGAUUUCCUACUCUUGGUUGUGGACUGAUUGAUUUGUUUAAAUUUCUUUCCAGCAUGCUUCUGGGGACCCUCAAUAACCGCAGGCAGGCCAACUGUUGCGUAGUGUGCCAUCAAUCAGUGAAUCUAAAGUUCCCAUGUCUCUCCAGGGCUACAAAUGUCUCAGAACAUAGGAGCAGACCCUUUGGGAUUCCUGGGUCAGAGGCUGUCCUGGGAACUGAGCAAGACCUUUUUGAGUGACUGGCCAGGUCACCUGAAUUAUCCUUGGUUAAAUGUGGCCAGUGAACAGUUGAAAAGCCUGUAGCUAGAAAUAGGCAGUGUUCAUGGUGUGGGCACACAAGGCCCUCUCCUCCCUGGGUACUUUACAGUCUGAGCAGCCUUCCUGUGACAGAAACUAUUUUAAGAAACAUGAGGCUAUAACUCAUUAAAUUCCACUAACCUUCUCCAUUAUUUGACGUUUUAAAUACGCAUACUUCAAAUGGCUUUCUGGACAUUUCUAUCCCCACAUCUGAAGAUUCACAUCUCUUUAAUUCAGAGCUCAUUUUGUGUUGAAUGUUGCAACACUUGUCAUUUCAAACUAAUAUAUUAGAGUCAGGGGAGAAUAAUUUACUUGGAAAAUCGAGACUCCAUAAAUAAAAUAAAUAACAAUACAUAAGCAAUUUGAAUACAUUUACAGAAUACUGAAGUGGAAUGUCAGCCUAGAGUUUUGCAUACUCUCAUUAACUGACAACACCGGACUCAGGCCGACCUGUGCCGGAGGUAGAGGAUUUCUAGAGGCCCCACCUCUCCCACUCCCUCCCUUAUAGCUCUUGGGCCAUGUAGUUGAUGGCAGAGGUGUUUGUCUCUCACUUUAGGGAGGGAUGAGAGAUCCAGUACAGGUGUGGAAGCUUCCUGGGCCUUCUUAAUGGCACCUCUAGGACUGUUGUGAAAUGAAAUUUGUGCGUUAACUCCCCCUGCUGGGCAGAGCUUAGUCACACCUCUCAGAGUGGAUGCUCUGUGUUCUAUUGUCUCAGAAAUAUAGAAUGUCCUGGAGAAAAAUGAUGAGCUUCUCAGAACACUGAUUUUACUCCACAAGAACUUGUUCACAUAUUUUUAGCAUGGUGGCUCAUACUGUUCCUUAUCUCAACACUUGGGAGGCUGAGGCAGGAGGAUGGUGAGUUCCGGGCCAGCCUGGGCUACAUAUUGAAACUGUUUCAAAAUAAACAAAACUAAACAGAGACCCCAUCAACCAGUGACAGAAUUAAGGACUUUGUUAUGUAUCACAAAAUAUUGACAUUUACAAAGAAAACAACUAAGCUGUAUUUUUCUGUAUGAGUGUCAACUUCAGGCCACACCCCCGAUGCCUGUUAAAGUGUAUCCAGUUGUUCCUCUGUCCAGAAGCUCCACAGCCCUGGCCUCUUAUUGGGCAUGUGGUGUCAUCGUCUGUGUUCCCCCCUCCCCCCAACACCUUCCCAUUCUCUUAAGGCAAGUUGCUCAGGGUUAGAAAGCCUUACCAGUUGGGUGUGGCACCCACCCCUGGGCAGGCCUGUGCCUGGUAUUCCUUAUCCCCCAGCCUGGAGCCAGCCACUCUGAUUUAUUUAGUUUUUCCUUGGUGUUGGAGAUGGAACCUAGGGCCAGCUUUUGUAGUGAAGGGGAAUCUUCCAGGGUUUUCAAGUAUAAACGGAGGCAGAGUUUUCUGUCCCGACCUUUUGGUCCCAAAUAAACACAAAAGCUUAUAUUAAUUACAAAAUGUUCCGCCAUAGUUCAUUACUAACUAGCUCUUACAUUUAAAUUAACCCAUUUGUAUUCAUCUAUGUAUUGUCAUGUGGCUCGUGGCCUUACCUGUCCUCUAGCAUCUUGCUUCUUGGGUAGCUCACUGGUGUCUCCCGUGACUCUGCCCCUCUUCGUCUGAGUCCCCAGUGUGAUUGUUCCACUUAACCUUCUCCUGCCUUGCCAUAGGUCAAACAGCUUUGUUACUAACCAAUGAGUCAUACAUAUUCACAGCAUACAGAAGGAUCAUCCCACAGCACUCAGGGGCUAGGUUAGCACUCUUCCACUGAGCUACUACACCCUGGACUGACCUUUUGUGCUGUGUUGGGGCUGAAACCCAGGGUCUUGUAUAUGCUAGUUGCUUUUGGUUACUUUUCUUAUAGCUAUGAUAAAAUGCCCGAACAAAGCAACCUAAGGAAGGCAGGCUUUAUUUUUACUCAGUUUGGGUGUGUAGUUCACCAUGACAGAUAAGGCAUGGCAGCAGGAAUGAGGAAGCUGGCCACACUACACUUACUGUCAAGGAGAGGAGAGACAAGUGCUCCUGCUCAGAUUCCUUUCUCCCUCUCCUCCUGCUCCUCCUCCUGGUCCUCCUCCUCCUCCUCCUGGCCUUCCUCCUCUUCCUCCUCCUGGUCCUCCUCCUCCUCCUGCUCCUCCUCCUUCUGCCCCUCCUCCUCCUCCUGCUCUUGCUCCUCUUCCUCCUUCUUCUCCUCUUGCUGCUCCUCCUGCUCCUCCUCCUCCUGCUCCUCUUGAGACAAGGUCUCACUCUGGAGCCCUGGCUGGCCUGGAGCUUGCUCUGUAGACCAGGCUGGUUUCAAAUUCACAGAGGUCCUCUUGCCUCUGCCUCCCAAGUGUGAAGAUUUAAGGUAUAUGCCACCAUGCCUAGACUAGCUUUCUUUUUAUUCAGCCUGGGACCCCAGCCAAUGUCAUAUGAUGGUACAACCCACAUUUAGGGUGGGUUUUGCCAUUCAGUCAGACCUCUCUGGAAACACCCUUACAUACACAGCGUGGGCUGUGUUCCCUGUGUAAGUAAUUCUAAUCCAGUCAACUUGACAGUGAAGAUUAACCAUCACACUAGGCAAGCUCUCUGCUGCUGGGCUACUUACCCAGUCUCCAACCAUGGUCUCUCUCUCUCUCUCUCUCUCUCUCUCUCUCUCUCUCUCUCUCUCUCUCUCUCUCUCUUUCCCCGUAUGUGUGUGUGAGCUCGAUGUAUGCCUAUGUGUACACCUGUGCAUAAGUACCUGCCCAUUUGUGUGUGCACAUACAGAAGCCAGAGGUUCAUGUUGAGUGUCUUCAUCUAUUACUCUCUGCCUUAUUUUUUCAGACAAUGUUGCUCACUAAACCCAGAGCUCGCCAUUUUAGCUGCAUUAGAGAGCAAGCUCCGGGGUCCUCCUAUCUCUGUCUGCCCUGCAUUGGGAUUAUGGAUGUACAUCACCAUACCCAGCUUUGACAUGGGUGCUGGGGAUCUGAACUCAGUGCACAGCUAGCGCUUUACCCCUUAAGUCUCCCCCGUUCUUCAACUUCGGCCCUUGGAUCUCUUCAUUAAAGAUGUGGCAGGCCAAGUAUGUUAGCCCUUUGGUCUGGGAGUCCAUUUGGAUGUUACUCUCAAGGCACAUCUCUACCAUAUUAGGGGGAAGACAGGGGUAGAAUGGUUGAGAAUGAGAUGAGCUGUGCAGAAUGCUGGCAGGAAGUGUGCAGAGCUGCAUGACUUCCAUGGAGCUUACCCACACAAGCAUCUGCCAGGGGCUUUUAUUUAUUAUUAUUAUUAUUAUUAUUGUUGUUGUUGUUGUUGUUGUGUGUACCUGUGGUAUUUGUAUGUGUGGUAUAUGUGCACAUGUAUGUGUGUGCAUGGGUGUGCCCUGCAGCUGUGUGCCUACUCCUGCAGAGGCCAGAGAAGGAUGUCAGCUGUCCUGCUUUAUCAUUCUCUGUGUUAAUCCUUUGACUGACUCUUAGGCUGACUGUCAGUAAGCCCCAGCUGUCUUCCUACUUCUGCCACCCUCCUCCCCCAAACUGCUGGGGUUACAGGCUGCACACCUGGCCAUGCUCGACCUUUUGCAUGGUCACUGGGAUCCAAACUCAUGUCUUCCUGUUGUGAAGCUUUCUUACCUGCUGGGCCAUCUCACCAGCUCUCGCCAGGCCGUGGUGGCACACGCCUUUAAUCCCAGCGCUUGGGAGGCAGAGGCAGGCGGAUCUCUGUGAGUUCGAGGCCAGCCUGGUCUACAGAGUGAGUUCCAGGACAGGCUCCAAAGCUACAGAGAGAAACCCUGUCUCGAAACAACAACAACAAAAUGCUGCUUCUCAGGUUAGUGUGGUGGUCCGUGACUAUCAUUCCAGCACUCUGGAAGCAGGCAUAGGAGGAGCAGACAUUCAAGGUCAUCUUUGACUACAGAGCAAACUCAAGACUAGCCUGGGCUACAUGAGGCACCCCCUUCCCACCUUACACACAUACACACAAAGGGGGUUUCUCGUCUGAAUUUGGAGUGGAAAUAAGGAGACACCAUGGACCAGGGAACCAGGAAGCUCCUAGAAGCCUUCUGCCAAAUGCAUUUUGCUGGCUGCUCCUGCCUUCUUGUGGUCCUUCCUCCCAGGGCUCUUCAGGGAACGGCCUCCUGUUUGUCACCAUAAAUUAAGCAUGCUAAUUUUGGACAGCAUUAACAUGUUCAUCAGCUCUGACUUUUAAAAUAUUUAAGUUCACAGCAGUUCAAUUUUCCCCCUUAAAUGGACUAAGAACCAGUGUUGAUUUAUUCAGCCUAUUCAACAUAAUUGUGAGGUAAGGUCUUAACUGCAGCUUAUUAACACUUUUAAUAGGGUGCAAAAAAAGAGAAACUUUCAACUGAGAUAAAAUUCUGGCAUAAUAAUAAAAGCAAUUAUGAAGGCUUUAGGAGGAGAAAGGUCAAUGGUAGGCCUUAUGUGGGUGAGACUGGUGGUUUAAUCACUAAACAUGGAUUUAUGUCACCUGAGAUUCCUCACCAGUGCUGUUCUCUCUAGCCAGCCUUAUGAACUUGCCUUUCUUUCACUUUUCCAGGAGACCAACAUGGUAGAGACCCAGUUUGCUGCUUCCAAGUGGGUACAUUCCAGGAGCCUGCCUCUGAGCAGGAGGGUGACCCUCCUGUGUUGCUUCCUGCCUUUGGGACUCCUCAGUGCCCUAGAACUGCUGAGGAGACCUGAACCCACCUCUUCUCCAGAUGCCUUGAAACACAGGCUGGGAGCAUAUGAUCCCAGGGAGCUGGAAGGUCCCAUGAAGGAACUGCAUGCUGGGAGAGUUCUGUGUGCAGCUCAGUAUGUGCUGUUAGCCCUACACAGCUGUUGAGGACUUGAAACAAGACUCUUGAGACCGGGUUAAAGACUAGUUUAUUUAUCUGUAAUUUGUUUGAAUCAAAAUGAAGUGGCCAUAUGUAUGCAGGGGUACUAUUGGAAUGUGCAAUUUUUAGCGAGAGGCUUGGAGUGGAUCUCUCUUUAUAUCUGGUCUGGUUUCUCCUAAGGAAGACCCAGACUGCCACUGUGCAUGCUGGGAAAAUCCGCUGCCCUAAAGGACCACAGAGAGGCUAGUAUUUGAAUGACAACCGUCUCUGUCAUGGCAAGUCCACCCUUUGGCCAUCCCUCUGAUUCUUCUGAUGAGCCAACUUUCUGUUAUCUCCACUGAUGUAUAUUUAAUAUCACAUUUGUUUGAUUUUUAUGUCCAAUUGUUAGGGUUUGAGGAUAGUGUUCCUAACAGGUACAUUUGCCAAGACUCGGUGACCAGCAGGUGGCGCUGUUGAAAGGCGAUUGCCUCAGGAGGGUGUAGAUUUUAUCCGGGAUGAACACACUGAGUUGAACACACUGAGUUCAGAGCUGGAUACAUUAGGAAGUCGGGCCUGCUGGAGGAAGAGGUUUGCUGGGGCUUGCCUUUGAAGGGUGUACCUUGCUUGCCCUUGGUCUCUUUGGUUCUCUGAUUUCUCUUUCCUGGCCACCAUGAGGUGAGCUGCUCUGCUUCACCCCAUGCAGACCACCGUGAGGCUCUGUCUGACCACAGCCCAGAAACAAUGGAUCCGAGUGACUGUGGAUUGACCCUCUGAAGCUGGGUGGCAUUUCCCAUGAUUCUGCUCUAGGAAUCCUUCGUUCUAAAACAAGAGUGACAGCUACCUCCACCCCCUCAUUUUCUCAGGUACAAGACACAUUCCUAAUUGAUCCUCCCCUGUGGUUUGAGCAUUUGUGUGCAGCGUGAAUGUCUGAAAGCCCGGCUGUGCUUUCUGUGGUAAAUAGGCCUGUCUUCCAAAACAUCCCCUGAGCCUGCCACACCUCCAGGUGCCAGAUGGGGAAGGAAGGCGAGGGCGGCCUGAGGCACCCAGAUGUGUAGAAAAAUGUAGCAUCUAGCUUUAAGAGGUAUUAUUGCUCCUGCUCAGGACAGGUCCUGCUGGAAGCAGCUGGCUGAGACAUCCCCUGGUGUCCUUAGAGCCUGAGGAGAAGUAGCUCAGUUACUUCAGUUCAUCCUGUCUCUGGGCCCAACAAGACACUCUCCCUCUGUCUAUGAUUUUUCACUUGGCUGUCUCAUGCUGGAAGUCAGCGUGGCAUCCAGGUUUCCGGAGUGUGCCCAACUUCCGAAGAAAGGUGAAAAAGCAACGGAUCUGCCCAAACCCCUGUAUUGUUUAUAUUUUGCUUUAUUUAUUACUAUUUUUAAAAUGUGUUUUAGACAUGGUUUUGGUAUGUAGCUCAGGCUGACCACAAACUGAAGAUAUUACUGCCCCCACCUCCCUAGUGCUGGGAUUACAGGCCUGUACCUCCAUGCCUGCCCCUUGACCCCUUUAGUAUAUACAUCUCGAAAGUACUUGACUCACAUCCCUGCUUCCCAAGAGAGGCGUUGGCCUCUUGAGGCUGUGUCUCCAGCACUGGUUCCUGGGAAGCUUCAAGGAACGCUUGACGUCUCUGGCCAGCACAGGACUGGCCAGAGCAGGCUUGGAAGGAGAGAGGGGCUGAUGCAGUCAGCUUUGCUCAGGGUCACUUUCUGUCCUGAGUAUUGACUCUAUACAAGUUUUAUGUGUUUGUCCUUUGGUCUUUCUCUCUGACCAGGGAGGCAGGGGUGGGGUGGGGGGCUCUUCUCUUGUCUCUGCUGGUUGUGAGCUGCCGUGUGGGUGCUGGAAACUGAGUCUGGAUCCUCUACCAGAGGAACAUGUGUUCUUAACUGCCAAGCCAUCUCUCAAGUCCCUCAUCCUAUUUUCUGGAGGUAUACAGGGGCCCAAGCAGAACAUGGUUUCUGAUGGGGUUGGUGCCAGUUUACACCUUCCAAUGCCAAAUAUUUUAACACCAGACAGCAUUGUUUUUAACCCAAGAGAAGACAUCACCAUGGCUCACUUUGGUAACAAGGUGACCAUGGAGUUGUCCCGAGAGCCCUAUGGGGCUGGACAGUGGCAGGAGGCCCUGCAGGUGUGAAGCCCUUCCAAACCCUACUGGGAGUGGGAUGAAUUACCUCACCUGUCAUAAAAUCCAGAGGUUUUGGUGACAUAUGCCUUCUCUUCCUGCCUGUGCUAGGCUGUGUAUUUAGGAUACACAAGAAGAAGCCUCAGGGCCUCUUGUUAUACUGGGGUACAGGCUAGCCACUUCAUCUGGCUUGUUUGUGGCUUGGAUGCAUCCACAUGCAUCAAAAGCUGACUGGGUGACAUCUCCACUGCAGCUUCUCCACCUAUGCUCUGAGCUGAUGUCGACCUGCUCUGACUGACAACCAUAGCCCUCCUCCAUGGGCCAUCACAGUUCCCAAGUCUUCACCUUCCUGGUUCCCAACACCCGGCAAGCCUCUCUGUGCCUGGAUUGCUCUCUCAGUGGCCCUCACUGCCCAGUGUUGGUCCAGAGUGUCACCUGACAAGCAGGUAGUGGAGUGGGUGUCUCUGUGACUGGCAGCUAGUGAGGUUCUGGAACCACCCUUUUCCUUCCACCUGGGAAAGCAUCAGGUAGCAAAUGUCAUGAGUGCAAGUGCCAGAAGAGGCUUUCCUGGGAGGGAGGCCCAGAGUGGAGGCCACAGGCAACACCCAAAGUCACCAGCUCGAAGUGGACAGUCAAGAUCGAUUGAACUACAGUGGUCAGAGUUGGAAGCUUCCUGGAGGUUUGGUGAGGCUCACAAGUCUCAGACUCUGGGAUAAAGGAAGAGUGUGCCACUUGGACAUUUGGGCCAGAGUUCAUCCCAGCCCUGCCGAGAGCCGAGGAUGGUGCUGGAGGUGGCUGGGGUGGCUGUUACCAUCUCUGACACACUCUGAUGUGGGUAACUCUGCUGGCAAUCUGCAUGAAUGAAUGAAAACCUGUGCCCGCAGCAGGUGUCUGUCCCAGGAUCCUGGGCAGAGACUGGCACAGAGAGAUCCCCUAACGCCAAGAAUGGAAUGCCACACAGGCUGUUAGAAGAGAAAAGGGAAAAAAAACUGAUGUGGGAAGAUGGCCUCUAGAGAUUGCCUGUCAAACAGCCUUGAAGAAACAUCUCCAUGUUAUUACAAUAAGCGUCCUCUAAAUGGAGCGCCAGCUGAAGCUGCUAUGUUAAAUGCUUCGAGCGCCCCCUUCCCCACGCUGAAUUAAGGCCUAACUUUCAGAAACAGACUUAGCUUGUCAAUAUGAAACUGCCUAAGGCUGCCACAGGGAAGGAGGGGAAAGAGGAUGAGAAUCGCAGGAAACCCACUGAGGCUGUUGUCACCCAGCAGCCUGAGAACUGACUCAAGCUCAGAUGGGGGCUUUCAGUGGCCGCGGUGGAACAGGACCACUCACCUGCCUGUCCUGGCCAGGCUGCGAGCUUUGGUGGCUCCCCCUGCUGGCCUCUGCUGGCCUCAAGAGAACAAAACCUUGUUAAGAUGACUUCUCCAGCCUCUCAUCCAAAGCACCGUCCCUCAGGCGCGGAAGGAAAGACACAACAGUCGCUGUGGCAGGCAGUGGGGCGGUAGCAGCUGCUGUGUAACAAAUUGCCCACACCCGUAGCCGUUAUUUUAGGAUGCUUUCUGGUUCACCAGAAACACUGGGCAUGGGAGGUCUCUGCCGCACCAUGACUGACGCCUGUGCUGCUGGGAAGUCUUGAAGCUUGACAAAGGGCCACACGGGGUUCUGUCAUAGGAGGGACACGAGGGACACUUUUACUCAGUUGCUCAAGUGUGACUGGUCCGCUGAACAAGAUAGCAGCAAUAUCAUGUCACGAGGCCCAGUUCAGAAGUCGCCCUGUGUCACCUCUGCCUUCUGUAAUGGACGACACCAGCCUGUUUCUAGACUGGAAGGGGUAGUUUCAGGAAACACAGCUGUAGUUUUCACAGAUGGCAACAGUGACCUAGAGGCCAGUUCUCAGGGUCUCUCCUGCUGUUGUGGGUACUUUUUUUCCCUAGGGUAGGAGGCAGUGUUGGGGUCCCCAGGAUCAACCCUUGACAAGAACCUUGCUGAGUCUGGGGACUCCAGUGAAGGCACUGGUGGAAAAGGGGAGAAUAAUUGUUUUGGAGGUUUAAGUGAGAUAGUAUGUGGAGCCUUUACUGGCCUCUUCUCAUAAAUGGCUUCAUAAAGGGAGGUCAGCUCACACCACAGAGCCUUGAACUUGAUGUGUUUUUAUAUCUCAAGGGGACUCCAGGAAGGAAAUGACUAUGUCAGCUGAGAUUGACAAGUGUUAGAACACAGCAUGGAAAGCUGGACACGACAGAAUUGGGUAAACUGUCCCUGGUGCGGGCUGAUGAGUUCUCCCAAAGAUCACUCCACAUGGCUGAGAGAAUAUGCACACUCAUACCACAGAGGUCAUGUUCAAAGUUACUGAGCUUUGAUCUUACAGGGGGGCUGCUUGACAACCAAAACAGAUUAAGCAUUGUGUGUCCCAGCCAACAUCAAUUUUGCAAAUAGCUGAGUGAGCCCCAGGGUACCACACAGGGGUAGGAGUAGAGUGCCUGUGCAAGCAUGUGUCCAGAUACCACCUUGCCCUGUGGGCAGCCAGUCCAUUUUGUCUGGCUGUGAGCAUCCAUGGCUGGCUGUGAUCUAAUGUUACACAGUGCCAAGGCACGCCCCAAGCUCAUCAUGUUCUAGUCUUGAGAGGAGGCAGGGGGAGUCAUGAGGCUGAGAAAUGUCAUGAAGAGGAGGUUGUGUUAGCCCAUAGUCUGAGAUGGUGUCACUUCUAGUCAGCCGCAGUGUUGAGCCUGUAUGACUGAGCUCUGUCCUCCAACGGCAUGAUCAUAGGGCCCCUAUGCCUUUAAUGGCAGGUGCCACCUGGGAGUGAGGUGAGAGAGAGAGAUCAGAGCAUGAGGUAUGCAGUGAGUGGCGAUGCCAGUUCAGUGCCCAGGGCAGGAGUGAGAUGACAGGAGGGUUACCUAGGAUAAGCAUGUUCUCAGUUCACAGCCAGGGGAAUGUUAAACACCCAAGAUGUGGAGUGUCCAUAGGGCCGUACCACUGUGAAAGGGACAGCACACAGAAAGCAUGUUGCCCCUCCAGGCUCUGUCUUCCCCUUGCAGGCUCCCGGUUUGUGAGUGUGUUGAGAGCUAAGGAGCUCAGGUCAGGGUCCGCCAUUCUUGUGAGACCACAAGCCAACCACGUCUACCUUCAUGACGACAACACCACUGCUACUUGCACGCAUCCAGCUGUAGACUCUGCCCAGGAGCAGACCGAUACCAGAUGUCAGGUCUGAAGAGGUGAGAGAGGGCUGGGACUGGAGAAGUCGUGGCUUCUCUUAGCAGGAGGGGCAGCCCCUGCUGCAGCAGUGUGUGUGUGUGUGUGUGUGGUGUGUGGUGUGUGUGUGUGUGGUGUGUGUGUGGUGUGUGUGUGGUGUGUAUGUGUGGUGUGGUGUGCAUGUGUUGUGUGUGUGUGUGUUUGUGUGCGUGCGUGCGUGCGUGUGCGUGUGUGUGUGUGUGUGUGUGUGUGUGUGUGUGUGUGUGUGUGUGAGUUUACAGGUUGUCCAUGGUCUAGGCAGAGAUGAUGGGAGCUUACUGAGUACAGAAAAGGUUGGCCAGAUCCUGGCUUCUCACCCCCAGGUGGCUUCAUGGAGAACAGUGAGCCCAAACCAGAGCACACUAUGAUUGAGGUCCCCAAGCCUGCUGCAAAGGUCUCUAUGACAGCUGAUGGUGGAGACAGGGAGAAGCCAAAUUGAACAGGAGUGUCCAGGAGCUGUUACCAGGGUGCCUUUCCCUAAGUGUGUGACAGUAAGGGACAGGUUCAGAAAGCCUGUGUCCUCCAGCUGCCUUUUAUAAACUUGGCCUUCCUGCUAACUCACUUUACCAAAGUUCAUAAAUCCGCAGAGAAAAGGCCAAGGAGGGCAGCACUGCUGUAGGCUUUGAAGAGCAUGCCAAGCUGUGCACAGCUCAACUCGUGAACCUGACUCACUGUGACUCUGGCCCUCAUGACGGCUGGGAAGAGUUUCCCAGCAGAGACAGACCUGAGAAACAUUGGGACCAAGAAGUGAUGCCAUGGCGGGCACUGCCUAUAUGGCUCAGCGGGUUCCAGGGAAAGAGCAGGCUCACCCAUGCAUUUAUGGUGCUAUCUGUGCAUCUUCUCUGGGAAGUUGUCUAUGGAACCCUUCUGUCAUUAAGGAAGAGGUAGGUAGGUGGUCUGCGGAGAUGGCUUGAUUGGUAAAGUGCCUGCUGCAUAAAUGUGAGGGCCCAAGUUCGGAUCCCUAGAAUCUGUGUAAAAGAUUAGGCAUGGUGGUGUGUAACGCAGGCUGUAACCCCAGCACUUGAGAGGUGAGAAGACAGGAAGACUCCCUGAAACUCUUUGGACAGACAGCCUAGCCAAGUCGAUGAGCUUCAAGCUUAGUGAGAGACCCUGUCUCAAAACAUAAAAGUGGAGAGUUAUCCAGAAAAGAUAUACAAUAUCUACUCUGACCUCUAUACCUAUAUAUGAACACACCUACACUAGCAAGUACUUAACACACACACACACACACACACACACACACACACACACACACACACGAGAAAAAAAAGCUGGGUGGCUAGAUGGCUAGAUUUCUUCUUUUUCUUUCAUUUUUUUUUUUAAAAACAAGGUUUCUCUGCGUAGCCCUCCCUGGCUGUCCUAGAACUUGCUCUGUAGAUCAGGCUAGCCUCAAACUCAGAAAUCUGCCUGCCUCUGCCUCCUGAGUGCUGGGAAUAAAGGCAUGCACCACCACCAGCUAACAGUGGGUGGAUUUCUUAUGACUGAAUCCUUUAUCAGAUGUGCUACGUAUGAACAUUUCUUGCAGUCUGUGACUUGUCUUUUUCUCCUCUUAUGUGCCUUUCAAUUAUUAUUUUGUUAUUUUAUGUGUAUGAGUGUUUUGCCUGGCUGCAUGUAUUUGUACCACAUGUGUGCCUGAUGCCCACAAAAGCCAGAAGAGGGCAUUGGACCUCAUAGACCUGGAGUUACAGAUGGUGUGUGGGUGCAAGGAAUUGAGCCUAGGUCCUCUGGAAGAGAAGCCAGUGCUGUUACCCAGUGAGCAUCUCCAGCCUCUCUUAUAUGCCCUUUAAAAGUUAGAUAUUCCUAAUUUUAUGUUCUACUGUUCAUCAACUUUGUAGGGAUUAGGAGUUUGGGGUCUCAUUCAAUAACGGUUUGCUAACAUAAAGAUUAUAUUUUUCUCCUGUGUUCUUUUGAAACUUUCAUAGUUUCUAAUGUAAGCCUAUAGCCUAAUUAGAUGCUUUAUUUAUUUUUACAUUUAUGUGUGUGUGUGUGUGUGUGUGUGUGUGUGUACAUGCAUGUGUGAGCACAUCCUCAGUCUUGGCAAUAGGCACCUUCGCCUGCUGAGUCAUCUUUCCUGCCCUUGGUUUUUAUAAAGUGUAAAGUAGGUUGGGUCCCAUAGUUUUUCUUGUGUGUGGAUGGUCUAAUUAUUUCAGAAACAUCUGCUGAAAAGAUUGUCCUUUCCCAUUGUAUCAGCUUUGCACUUUUGUCAAGAUUAAUUGACCAUCUCUGUGCCGGUCUGUUUGAUCUGUGUCUCUCUGUCCUUCCUUCCUUCCUUCCUCCCUUCCUUCCUUCCUUCCUUCCUUCCUUCCUUCCUUCCUUCCUUCCUUCUUCUUUCUUUCUUUCUUUCUUUCUUUCUUUCUUUCUUUCUUUCUUUCUUUCUUUCUUUUUGGUUUUUCGAGACAGGGGUUCUCUGUGUAGUUUUGGUGCCUGGAUCUUGCUCUGUAGACCAGGCUGGCCUCAAACUCACAGAGAUCCUCCUGGCUCUGCCUCCUGAGUGCUGGGAUUAAAGGCAUGCACCACCACCACCUGGCCUUUUUUUUUUCUUUUUAAGAUUUGUUUAUUUAUUAUAUAUACAGUGUAUGCCUGCAUGCCAGAAGAAGAUACUGGAUCUCAUUCUAGGUGGUUGUGAGUCACCAUGUGGUUGCUGGGAACUGAACUCAAGACCUCUGGAAGAGAGCAACCAGUGCUCUUAACCUCUGAGCCAUCUCUCCAGCCCCUGAUCUGUGUCUUUCACAAUGUGAUGUAAUCUUAAUCAUUAUGGCUUUGUGGUAAAUCAGAAUUUGACAACACACAUCUGCCAACUUUGUUUUCUUUUUCCAAAAAUAUUUUGCUCUACCAUAAUACAUAUUUUAGUAUGGCAUCAGUACAACUGCAAGAUCUGUAUGUCUACAGGAAGCAGUGCUGGAAAUUUAUUUGGAGUUGUGUUAAAUUUACAGGUCACUUUGGAGAAAGUUGGCAUCUUAACUAAAUUUGGUGUUCCAAGCCAUGGCUGUGGUGUGCUUUUCUAUUUAUUUAGGUCUUCUUUGAUUUCUUUCACAAGAAUUUUAUAGUUCUUGGCGUAUAGAUCUUUUAUUUAUUUUGCUAGAUUUAUGCUGACCUAUUUCAUUUUCUUGAGAUAUAGCACACUCUCUCAGGCCCCUCCACCUGGUCUCUGGCCAGAAAGCCAACAUUUCCACCUCCCUGUGAUAUUGAAUAUGCUCUCACUUGGGUGUGCCUCAGAGAGUGUGGUGACUCUGGUCUACGCUACCCCGUGGGAUUGGCAUUUCUACCUGGGGCAUGAUGGCAGAGGGAUGGCAGCCCUGGCCAUCUGGUCUCAGGCUGUGAGUCUCUAUUGUCUGAACUUACUGUGUAACCUGGGGAUUUGGGCCACCCUGAGAAUAACCAGGAGAUGGGAGGAAGCAAGGCAGGGCAUUCACUGCUGUGUGGCAUACACCGUGUUUUAUCUUUGCCAUCAGUUGCAGGUUUUCAGUGUUUACCAGGCUUCGGGCUGCUGCUCUGUCAGCUGUGUGGAGGAUUUAGCUGUAGUCAAUGGAACAAAUGGUGUCGUUGGCUCCUCUCUGACACCAAGUGGAAGCUUCUUAUGCUUCAUCACUGUAAAGAACUGUCACAUUUACCAUUGACUUGGAUGCUAACUUUCACUCUUUCUUUGUGCAUUCUUGAGUCAGGAUCUUGUUAUGUAGCCCAGGAUAACCUCAAACUCAUGAUCCUCUUACCUGUGUCUCCUAGGAACUAAAAGCCUGAACCACUAUACCCAACUUGACUGAGUUCCCUUUGUAAGUUGAUUUCCACCAAGCAUUAUAGGCAAAGAACAUGUGCCCUUGUUCAGUGUCAUUACUCAUGACCCUUUGCCUCCAGCUUCCUCUGAACUUAUGGCCAGAUACAGUGGGCUUCUCCUGGAGCAUCCAUAGCCCAGCCCCACUUGGCUCAGCAGGUUCCUGGUCUAGGAUGCUCCUGCACUAGAGAUGCAGGGCUAUGAGACAGGCUGUCUUUGGGAUGCUCUGCAGUUGAAGCUUGUUGUUGCCUUCCCAAUCUCUGACUUGUCUGUCACCAUGGUUUCCAACACACCCUGGGCUUGAACUUCUUUCUUCCUUUCAUGUUUCUUUUCUAACAAUGUGAAUUGAAAGGCUAGGGGUGUUGUGCUAAUGGCGUCAUCUGAACUGAAGUGUGGACCUCAAGAGAUGUGGGUGUUGGCCUUGUGAAUGGCAGAGGAGGUUUCCUCAACUUCUAACAGGAGCAGAAUAGCCUGUGAAGAAAAGAAUUCAGAACCAAGGUCCCAAGAGACUCAAUUACCAAGUGUCAUUUCCUAUUCUCUCUCAGCAGCAUUGUCAAUGCCUGGGAACCAACAGCUCUCAUUAGGAGAAUUUGAACACUGGGUGGGGCUGCCUUAGGAGUACCUCAGAGCUCUGGGAAGGGCUGAUAAAGGGGCUCUCCAGAGACUAGCUGAUGGAGGGCAGGGCCCACAGACUGGUCCAGCUGAUGCUGCCCAGUUUCCAAGUCUUGUGGACCUCACGUAGCCCCUGGAGAGGGACGACUCUGUGUCCUCCAGUCCCGGGCCAAUGUUCUCCCUUUCCUCUCUCUCAGCCUUGGAAGUUGUGGCUCAGGACCAGCAGCAGGAUCCAGUGAGGCUCCUUGGAGGCUCCACACUGCAUAGGCCAAUUGUACAUCUGGGAUCUGGGCUGGGGGAGCUCUGAGCCAUCAGCCAACCACCCCCAAUGCAGUGAAUACUUAUCAAGUACCUACACCUCUAUCAUCUGAAGUCCAUCCUUGGCCGUUGGGUAAUUUCUGAUCACCUGCUAAGGAUCAGGUGGGUGCUAAGACACUGAAGACUCAGCAUUGAUCUGGGGAGUACUUCAUUCCUCUGAGACACUGUCACAGACAUCCUAGGCAUUUGGUCCCUAUUCUAAAGGCCAUAUCAGAACCUUCCAUGGUGUGGUAGUUUGAAUAAGAAUGGCCUCCAUAGGCUUAUACAUUUGAAUAGGCCUAUACAUUUGAAUGCUUAGUCAUCAGGGAGUGACACUAUUUGAGAAGGAUUAGGAGGUGUGGUCUUGUUGGACUAGGUGUGACCUUAUUGGAGGCAGUAUGUGCUGGGGGUGGGCUUGUUUCAAAAGCCCACACCAGUGCCAUGAAUGCCACGGUGCCAAUGUCCCCACCAUGAGGACAAUGGACCAACUCUCUGAAAGUGUAAGCAAACCUCCAAUCAAAUGCUUUCUUUUCUAAGAGUUGCCUUGGUCAUGGUGUUCCUUUACAGCAAUAGGACAGUGACUAUGACAUCUGGGGAGCAUAGCAUACAGACUCUGUCCUACCUUUCCUUAUUCCAACACAGCAGGGCUUGAAUGAGGCUAGAGCUCUGACACCCUUCCCAGGAUAACUGUCCACUCCAGGCAUGGCUCUCCUGUCCUGUUGCCAUUUAGAGGGGCUUCUCUGACCUUUGACCCCCUUCAUUUGCCCAUGAUCUGCAGUUCAUGUGCCUGUCUGCUAUGGUCUCAGAGGGAAGGAGGCUGCUGCCCAGCUCUGGGCUGAGCUAUCAAGUACUUUCAGCUUCCUGCCUUUGGUAAGCACUCAGGCUGUCCUGAGUUGCUCUGGGGAAUGCUGACCCUGCUGUGCUUCACUAUGGGAUAGAGGGAGGUUGGGUAGCAAGUGUCCAGAAUAGCUGCUGGGAGUGGAGAUGGUCUCAGAGUCUCCUGCUGUGGUAGAGAUGUUCUGGAAGCCCUCCCUGUAAUUCACAGUGCAGUUCAUAUCCCAGUCUUCACUCUCUGGUGAGACUGACAGUGGCCUUGUCUGUGUGGUCAGGAGGAGAAUCAGUGUUUAAGAAAUACCAGCUCAGCCGGGCGGUGGUGGCGCACGCCUUUAAUCCCAGCACUCAGGAGGCAGAGGUAGGUGGAUCUCUGUGAGUUCAAGGCCAGCCUGGACUAUAGAGUGAGUUCCAGGAAAGGCACAGAGAAACCUUGUCUCAAAAAAAAAAAAAAAGAAAAGAAAAAAAGAAAUGCCAGCUCUUGCUCCAGCCCUUCACUAGUAGAAACUCCAGGCUCCUGGGCAAGGCAGAAGCAGGGCUGGAGAUCCCACCUAAGUGAAGCUUGGGCACUGUGGUGGUUUGAAAGAAAAUGGACCCCAAAGGGAGUGGCACUAUAGGGAGAUGUGGCUUUGUUGGAAUAGGUGUGGCCUUGUUGGAGGAAGUGUGUCACUGUGGAGGUGGGCUUUGAGCUCUCAUAUAUGUUCAAGAUGCCACCAGUGUCUCAGACCACUUCCUGUUGCCUGCAAGAUGUAGGACUUUCAGCUACUUCUCCAGCACCAUGUCUGCCUGCAUACCACUGUGUCCCACCAUGAUAAUAAUGGACUGAACCUCUGAAACUGUAAGCCACCCCAGUUAAAUGUUUUCCUUGAUAAGAGUUGCCAUGGUCAUAGUGUCUCUUUCCAACAAUAGAAACCCUAAGACAGCUAUCUUUGCUUCUUUUGUCCGAGUAUGUACUUUUCUUGUUGUCCAGCUGUUUGAAAGUGGCCCCCAGAGCAAUUCUUUCCUAGAUAUAUCUUUGUCUGUGUCUUCUGAAGAUGACAGUGUCUUCCCGGGGAAUCUGAAUGCUGUUAAUCUCCAUAACAAAAUUAACAGUAAAUAAGAUCAUAGACGGCCAUACUCACAUCACCCCCAGAGCAGAUCCAUAGUUUAUGGAUCUUUCCAUUGAACCAGGACCCAGCUGGGGCUGGUGUAUUUUAUUCAGCAUUUGUGUCUUUGGUUCCAUUCCUCACCCUGUUGGUGACUUGGGCUUUCUGAACUCUGCUGGUUCAUGGGUGCUUGCUCUCUUGUCUUAGACUCUGAGUUGUAGACAGUAAGCUGGGCUUAUCAUGGCUUGGUUUUCAGGAGAUUGUCUUCCGACUCUGCCAUCCCUCAUUACCCUACUAGGGUCUGCUCCCCUUGCUUUCCACGUGUCCUUUGCCUUCUCUUCCCACCCCAUCUUCUCAGAAGCAUAGUCCAUCUCUGUCUGUCCAAGGGUGACACUGGGUACCUAGGAUCAGCCUCCUAGCAGAUGCUGUGCCGUCUUUGGGGUCAUUUUUCCUAGCCUCUUGCUGGGGAGUCCCCUCAUGGGGGAGGCUGAGGGUCUGUAUAUCACUGUGGACUAAGGAUCCCCUCCUGGGGCUCUGUACAGAGUGAAAGCCUGCAUGUCACUGAGGAGUGAUGGUUGGGAGGCAGCAGGUGAAAUCUAGAAUGAAGAGGUCAAGGAUCCAGGCCAACCUCUACUUUCUUCUGCAGGAAUGGUCUCUUCUGCUGUCCUAGGAGGCCGUAGUCUCUAGAUUUGCUCUGCUAAACUGAACUUGAAUCUGGGUCUUGAAGGGAUGUGUCAGAACUGUAGGUGUAAGGAAUUAAGUUCAUAGGAGGAAAUAAAAAAUGAAAAUUCAGACUGACCUCUACAAGAGCAGACUGACUUUGUAACAGGAUUUGAGAGAGUGCAAAAUACACAGUGUGUGUGUGUGUGUGUGUGUGUGUGUGUGUGUGUGUGUGUGUGUGUGUGUAUGCGUGCGUGUGCAUGCGUGUGCAUGCAUGCGUGCAUGCGGUAUAGCUAAGGAAGGAGGAGGAGGGCCAGGUUUUGUCUGAGGCGGAAGAGGAGAAGUAAGCUGUUUUCUAGAUAAGUUGCCUUUAGAACAGCAGCAGCAGGGGUUGGUCUGUUGCCUGUUUGUUUUUGUUUGUGCAUCCGUUUUUGUUUUUGCAGUCACAGGCUGUCUGGGGCUGGGGCCAGCCACUUUUUCUUCCACAACCUUCAAGAGUUGUACAAGUGACUUCCAGGAACGUUGGGGCCUGGGCUUUAAGGGGGAUUGGGGUGGGGAUUUUCCUUUAGUUGGUGGGGCUUACUGUGCAUUUGCAGCCCUCUCUGGCCCACGGUUUUGCAUUGCAGUCUCCGCACAGCACUCUGCCUUGGUGUGUGCCUCUGGAGGGAUCUGAGCUGCAUCUGUAGAACAGCCUGGCAGUUUGGUUUUCAAUCCCAAAUCUCAACAGUCUUCUUUCAUUUUUGUUGUUUUUUGAGACAGGAUCUCACUUAUGUAGGCCUGGCUGUCAUGGAACGGACUAUGUGACCUUGCUGGCCUCGAACUCACAGAGAUCUACCUGCCUCUGGCCCCUGAGUUCUGGGAUUAAACUACACACGGCUUUCUUUUUCUCAUUCUUAUUUCUCUGGCUUCUCAUUAUUUUCCUGCCAUGGCUUGAAGGAAAGAUAAGAAAAUCUGGGACUAGGGAGCUGCUGCUGUCUCAGAAUGAGAACCUAUCUGUGGGCAGUAAACCCACAAGCUUCUCCCCACCCAGGAGAAACGGCUCCUCUGAUGUGGAAGUUCAGUGAACUGGCUGGAAAAAUGUCAAAUACACCCUCUGAUGAAGGCCCUAUGGUCAUCUCCCUUUUAUGGUGGGGGUAACAGGCACAGAGUGACCUCAGAGUCUGGAUUCUAGUUAGAUUGUUAGCUGCCUAUACUGUCUGCCUCUAGAAUGCCUUCUUCUUCAUGGAAGAUGCCCAGUUUGGGCAGUCAGAAAGAUGCCGAGAACAGGAGUAGCCCAGGUGGCCAAGGUGUCUCAUCUUCUUCUACCUCAGUUGUUGUCAUGGUUGACAGUCAAAGCAGCAACAGUAUACUUUUGGGGCUGGUCAAGGGAAUACUUCUUGUAGCUGGUGACCCAUGUAACUUUGAAGGACAAAGUUCCCAGGACUCAGAGGUUCCCACCUGCUCCUGUAGGAGGGUAAGGCCCUCUCUGGUCCACAUAUGCUGGCCCCUACCAUGAUAUUGGUGCCGAAAUCUUCAUGAGCCUAGGGAUCAGGGAGGGGAGUGUGGAGCUGAAGGAGCCCAUGAAGCAUCCAGUUGUGAGGGGAAGGGAUGACACACUGCUCUCUCCACAAAUGCUGUAUUGGAGAAGUCUGCUUCUGUGGCUAUAGCCUUUGACUUCCUGUGGCUACCCACGUUUCUCCUAGAGGGACAUCUGUUGGGUGUGCUAAUGUAGUUUUAAAGCUGGUAGCUUUGAACAGUGUCGUUGGAAUAAAUAGAAUUUCCAAUCUCUUGCUCUUGGGAGACUUAAGACCCCUCACUACUCACUGAUGAACUUGGCAUGGGUGGGGGGUGAGGGGAAGGAGAAAGAGGUGGAAAGGAGUGGGGAGGGAGUAAAAUUGCUCAUUAUAGCACUUAGAAAAUAGCUGUUGCCAUGAGUAUUGCUGCUGCUGCUGACCAACGGGGCAAAGACCACCAUGGGAAAGUAUGGAUGCCCAAGUGGGACCAAGGCAGCAUCUGCUGUGGAAUUCCAUGUCAUCCUCUUCAGAGCCACACACACAACACAGAGGCCAGAGGCCAGCAGCAAUUAGAGUGACUAAUUUUUGUCUUAAUCCUUGACAACACACAGUGCUAGUGGUUCCCACAGCAGAAGAGAAAGAGCAUGCAGCAGCUUCUGUGCCUGUGAGAUCCAUGCCAGUGCUGCCAUCACUGACCCUGAGCAGGAUGGGCAGUGCUGGGCUGCACAGAUGUGCUGGUUUUCUUCUUCUUUGAUUAUUUUUUUUAGUGUGAAUGUUUUGCAUGAAUGUAUAUCUGUGUACCAUAUGUGUCCCUGGUGACAGUGGAGGCCAGAGAGGGUGUUGGAUUCCCUGGAACUGGAGUUCGUGAGCUGCCAUGUGGUUCUGGGAAUUCAAACUAAGUCCUUUGUAAGAGUCAUCAGUGCUCCUACAGCCAUCUCCCUAGUCCCCUGGUUUUCUUCUUAAUGAUUUGUAUCUGAAUGAGGGACUGGCAGAGAAAGUCUUAAUCCAGGCUUCCUGGUGGUCAGAUGUUUUCUCCAAAUGAGCAGUGGGAACUUGUUACUCUGAGGAAGAGAGCCAACAGCUCUUGUUGCCAAUGAUGGAUUUUGAGCUUUCAGGCAAAAAUUAGACUUGUGGAUAAAUGGUGUCUGUCCCAGCACAUAUGAAGGCUGCUCAAUGCUCAGUAACUUUCCUGGCCAAAUCAGUGGUGAGUUAACAAACAUUAAGCAAAACAAAACAAGUUCAAAACAGACCUGGUAUGUCAACACAAAGCCACAGUCCUCAUCUCAAAGGGAUUAAGACAAGUGCAAGACAGAUAGGGCAGGAGUAGUCCGUUAAUUCUGUGUUGAAGUCUACAAUGACCUUCACUGAGUCAGUCUGCAGGGAGGCGUGUCAUGUGUCAGGGAACAUCCACAGCUGUUGGAGGGCUCCGUAACACCCUUCCUUCCCUAAGCGUGUGUCUGCACGAGGCUGCUGUGCUUAAACAAUGGGGGAAGCUGUGGCGGGAACUGGAGGCAGGAACAAGGGAUACUGCUUACUGUCUCAUUCCUAGGCACACAUUCAGCUUCCUUUUAUUAUCCAUCCCAGGCCCACCUGCCCAGGAUGGCACUGUCUGCAGCCAGCUGGACACUCCUACAUCAACUAGCAAUCAAGAAAAUGCCCCAUAGACAAGCCUAGUCUGAUGGAGGUAAUUCUUCAGUUGAGGUUCUCUCUUCCUAGAUAAGUCUAGGUCUGUGUCAAGUUGACAAAACUUGACAGAGAAAGGAUGAGAUGCCUCAGAGGUAAAGUGCUUGCCUGAUGAUCCAAGUUCAAUCUCUAGAACCCACAAAAAAGUGGAAGGAGAGAUAAUAUGUUGUUUCAUGUGCCCUCUUCAACCAUACACACAUAGUAAUAAAUAAUAGUAAUAAUAAUAAUAAUAAUAAUACAUUAUUUAAGGGCAACUUGAAUAGCAUGCCAUGAAAGAUUGGCCAUAAAUACAUUAAUGAGACUACCAUGAGGUCCACCAUCUCUUAAAGUCCACACCUCAGUUCAGAUGACACCAUUAGCACAACACCCCUAGCCUUUCAAUUCACAUUGUUAGAAAAGAAAUAUGAAAGGGAGAAAGAAGUUCUAGCCCAGGGUGUGUUGGAAACCAUGGUGACAGACAAGUCAGAGACUGGGAAGGCAACAACAAGCUUCAGCUGCAGAGCAUCCCAAAGACAGCCUGUCUCAUAGCCCUGCAUCUCUAGUGCAGGAGCAUCCUGGACCAGGAACCUGCUGAGCCAAGUGGGGCUGGGCUAUGGAUGCUCCAGGAGAAGCCCACUGCAUCUGGCUGCAAGUUCAGAGGAAGCUGGAGGCAAAGGGGCAUAGGCAAUGCCUCUUCUUUGCCUAUAAUACUUGAUGGAAAUCAACUUACAAAAGGAAUUCAGUCAAGCUGGGUAUGGUGGUUCAGGCCUUUAGCCCCAAUGGAAGAGACUUGUAUAUAUUUGCAAGCAAGAUAUUGUCCAUAGUAUUUUUUUUCAAUUUGGAAAAUUAUUUGUCAUAAAAAUGUUACCCUAAAAUGGGUUUUAUAUUGUAAUUUUAUAAGAAUCAAUAAGUGAACCAAUAAAUAGUGAAAAUGUUCUAGCUUUAACUUAUAAUCCAACAUCAGGACUUAAGCCAUGUGAGCCAAAACACACCAGGGUCCUCAAUCACCUUUAAAAUAAUUUCUUUUCCAUUAUUUUUAUGUGUGUUUGUGUAUUUAUUUGUAGGCACAUGCUCUGUGUGUAUAGAUGCAUAUGUAUGUUAAGUAUCUGUGUGUGCAGGCCAGAGGUCAGUCUUGAGUGUUAUACCUCUGGAGGUGCUGGGAUUCCAAGCACUUGCCGCUGCACCUGGAUAUUUUACUUAGGCUGUGGACAUUUGAACUCAGUUCCUCAGGCUUGCACAGCAUUAAAUGCUCUACCCACUGAGGCAUCCCCCAAGCCUGAUUUCAUAUUGUUAAGUCAUUUUAGAAAUUUGAUCUAGCAAUCAAAUUAAUUACUUUUGCUAUGUGUAUGUGUGAGUGCAGGCACAUGCAUGCCAUGGUGCAUAGACAGAGGUCACAGGACAAAUUUCAAGAGUCAAUCCUCACUUUUCACCUCGUUGAAGCAUGGCCUCUCUUGUUUCUGCCACUGUGCUGUAUAUUCCAGGCUAGCUGGCUGGUGAGCUUCUAGCUGGUCUUCCUGUCUCCGCCUGCCAUCUCGAAGUAGAAGUGCCAGAAUUACAGAUGCAGGCUAGCACACCCAGCCUUUUACAUGGGUUUGGUGGACUGAACUCAAUUCAUAAUCUUCUGUGUCAAGUGCUUUUACCUGCUGAACCAUUUCUCUGCCUAACCCUGUGAAUUCAUGUCAUCAUCAUCAUCAUCAUAUCAUCACCAUCAUCAUCACCAUCAUUAUCCUCCUCCUCCUCCUCAUCAUCAUUUUGAGACAGAGUCUCUUUAUGUAGCUCUGACUGUCCUAGAAAUCACUAUAUAAACCAGGCUAGCUUUGAGUUGAUAGCAACCAGCCUGCCUCUGCCUCUGAAGCCCUGAGAUUAAGGGGCCAGACUAUUUUGAUCUUUAAAAAAGUUAUCUCUAUUGAGGCGUAGUUUACAUAGCAACAAUUCCCUUCUUCCAACUCAUCAUCUACUGAGCUUUUAUAGGUGCCCAGCUCUGUGCAUCUUCCACCAGUCAUGUGAUCUCUGUCACACCAUUGGGUUUUCUAUGCUUAAGGUUCCUGACUCUUGGUGAGCACUGUAGUCGAAUAUUGUAAGGUGUGUUACUUUUAUGUUGCAUUUGUUUAACUCUGUGAAGCUGUGUUACUGUGCCUGUGUAAAAUACCUGAUGGUCUAAUAAAGAACUGGCCAAUAGCAAGGCAGGAGAAAGGAUAGGCAGGGCUGGCAGAAAGAGAGAAUAUAUAGAGGGAGAAAUCUGGAAAGAGAGCUGGAUCAGCCAGAGAAGGAGGAGGACUCCAGGGGCCAGUCACCCAGCUACACAGCCAGCCAUGGAGUAAGAGUAAGAUUUACAGAAGUAAGAGAACAGGAAAAGCCCAGAGGCAAAAGGUAGAUGGGAUAAGUUAAGGAAAACUGGCAAGAAACUAAGCCAAGCUGAGGCCGGGCAUUCAUAAUUAAGAAUAAGCCUCCAUGUGUGAUUAAUUUGGGAGCUGGGUGGUGGGUCCCCCCAAAAGACUAAAGACCAACCAACAACAGAGCACAGUCUUCAUUUUGCUAUUGUCCGUUAACUUUUCCUGAGCCUCACAGAGCCUGCUGCCUGGUGAGUGCAUUUCUUUGCAUCUGCCUCUUUCAUCUGCACAGCUGGGAGAUUUAUUAGUGCUGCCACUUUGCCCUGUAGCUCUUUGCUCUUCAUCCUAACCAGUACUCCAUUCUGAAAACCACAGCUACUAUUGACUACUACUUGAUAGGUGUUUGGAUGAUGCCAGAGUCUCGACCCUUAAGAUAAAACUGCUCUGACCUUUUGGUGCACCAGGCUGGGUGUGUGCAUGCAUAUGUUUGACUUUCUGUUUGGUGGAUCAGUUAGAACCAAAUCGCUGAGUCAUACACUAGAUGGCAAGAUAUAAAAAUUGCUGGGUAAGAUAGUGGAGAUUGGUAAGAAAGCGCUGGAUGACAAGGUGGUUCAAACUUGCAAUCCCAAUGCCCCAAAGGCCGAAGCAGAACUGCUGUAAAUUCAAGGUCAGUUUUGUUUACUUAAUGGGUCCCAGCUCAAGAACUGUCAAACAGGAUUCCAGGAGGUUUAAAAGCUCCUCAACAUCAAAGGAAACAAACAGAGUGAAGAAACAUCUUAGAUAUUGGGGAAAAUACUUUUCUGCUAUCUGACAGGGGAUUACUAUCCAAAAUAUACCAAGAACCCAGAAAGUUAACGAUCAAAGAAUACGGAAUCUAAUCAACCAAUGAACAAAUGAUCUAGACAGACGCUAAUCAAAGGAAGAAAUACAAAUGGGACAGCAGAAAUGGCUCAGAGAUGGCGCAAGGAGCACUGGGUGUGCAGACAAGAGGGCCUGAGUUCAACUGCCCAGAACCUACGUAAACCCUGAUGAGAGACUGUCUCGAAAAAAGUGGAAGAUGAGGACAGAACCCUGAGGUAACCCUCUGACUCCCACACCUGCGCUCUUAUGUACAAAGGUGUACACACUUUGUAUACACACACACACACACACACACACACACACACACACACAAACACACACAC